AUGGGCCCCAUAGGAUCCUAUUGUGCCCCAUAGAUAACGGGGUCCCAUAGGGUUCUAUUGAGACCGGAAGAGGCGGGGCUUCUCAUCCCCACGUGACGCGGAAGUAUCGUCCUACUUCCGGUUCUUGCCCUUAAUGCGGCAGUGUCUCCCACUUCCGGUUCCGGCUCUUAAAGCGGAAGUAUCGUCCCACUUCCGGUUCUCGCUCUUAAAGGGGCCGCGUCACGAAUCUGCCGGUUGAGCUUUAAAAAGGGGGGGGGGGGGGGGUGAAUUUUGGGUUAAAAUCGGGGGAUUUUGGGGUUUUUUAAGGACCAAAAUGGCGUCGAGGGAUCCCAAUGUGUUCCUCUUCGUCCCCAACGUCAUCGGCUACAUCCGCGUUGUGCUGUCAGCCGUGUCGUUCCUAUUGAUGCCCCACUCCCCGGUUCCCGCUGCUGUGUGCUAUGGGCUCAGCGCCGCCCUGGACGCUGUGGAUGGAUUGGCUGCAAGGUGGCUCAAUCAAGGCUCCCGUGUGGGCGCCAUGUUGGACAUGCUGACGGACCCCAGAACCCCAUUGACCCCACAACCUUUGACCCCACAACCCCAUAACCCCAUGACCCCACAACCCCAUGACCCCAUGACCUUGUGACCUCAUGACCUCAUG